CGGAGGAAUACAGUGAGCCGUACAGCAGUAGUUCGUCUUGCCUGCCCGCCUCCAGCAAGCCUUGUUCAGUGGCAACCGUCCAUUUCCUCUCUCCCUGUAGCGUAGCAGACCACCGUCUCCAACUCAAACAGACAUGGCUGACCAACUAACAGAAGAGCAAAUUGCAGAGUUCAAGGAGGCCUUCUCCCUGUUUGAUAAGGACGGAGAUGGUACCAUCACCACCAAGGAACUGGGCACGGUCAUGAGGUCACUUGGUCAAAAUCCAACUGAGGCCGAACUCCAGGACAUGAUCAAUGAGGUGGACGCAGAUGGCAACGGGACCAUUGACUUCCCUGAGUUCCUGACAAUGAUGGCAAGGAAGAUGAAGGACACUGACAGUGAGGAGGAGAUUAGGGAGGCGUUCAGGGUCUUUGAUAAGGAUGGCAACGGUUACAUUAGCGCAGCAGAGCUGCGUCAUGUGAUGACUAACCUGGGAGAGAAGCUGACAGAUGAGGAAGUAGACGAGAUGAUCAGAGAAGCAGACAUUGACGGAGACGGACAGGUCAACUAUGAAGAAUUUGUUCAGAUGAUGACCGCCAAAUGAACUGGGCUCCAAUUAAGACAAAGAAUCAGUCAAAUGUUUCACUUACCUCUUAUUGCAAAAAUCUACAUUUAUUCAUACUGUUCUGUAUAGACAACUUAAACUGAAUGUUGGAAAACUGAAAAUCUGUCCAUAUAAACAAGCUCAAAAAAAGGUAAAAGACAAAAAGAAAAACCUAAAUGAAUCUGCAUGUACUGGCUUGUAUUCCCUGCCCUCCCCCCAGCGCUAAGCUGCCCAAUCAGAUCUCAACUCGUUAGCCAAGCAGCCUGUCUGCAGCUGGCUGGUUUGGCCACUGCUCCUCUGCUUCCUGGUUCCAUCUGCCUGAUGUCAUGAUGAUUAUAUGGGCUGGCCAAUCGCCUUUCUUCUAUGACUUCCUGUUUUCUUUUGUUCUGUUCUUCAUGCAUGCAGCUUUAGAUGGGUUACUGUUGAGAGCCCAAUGGCAGAGGGCUGUUGUUGGGCCUCAGGUUGGCCUGGGACCCACAGAGAGGAGGGAGGGGUUAGUUGACAGAUAGAUGGGAGUGAGUGAACCAGCGGAACCUUUGCCGUUUGCUUACCUAAAUGAAGUCAGUGAUGACAGAUAUUUUUAAGAAAAAUAUUAAAAUGGAAUAAAUAAGAACUCAUUUUAGAUUCUGUGUUUCUGGCAUGUCAGGAUACUUGCUUUAUCCUUUGUGUGUUUACCUUUUUUGAGGGUGAAGCCUGGGUGGGGCAUAGAUUUGAGACUCUUGGGCAUUGGGUGUGUUCUAGACUAUUUGGAGGGGUGGGGUGGUCUUUAAAGGUGAUGAUAUAAAAGCAACCUUUGGAGCAAUAUGAGUAUUGUGAGUAUCAGCUUUUGUAGGGCUGAAGAUUAACAAUCAAUUAAUUUUUCCUCUGAAGCAUGCUUAGGUGCAGUAUAUUGCCUCAAAGGUUGCGCGUGUAUCAUGAUUCUACGCGGGUGUUCAUUUCAGUUUAGUGGGGACGGGGUCGGUGCUUUGCGGCAUUUCUAUCUUGUGUUGUGUGUGAGUUUGCGUGUGAGUUUGCGUGUGUGUGUGUUUGUGUGUGUGUGUGUGUGUGUGUGUGUGUGUGUGUGUGUGUGUGUGUGUGUGGGUGGGCGAGGCCCGGCCCAGUCCAACUGUUCUGUUCGGUUCAGUUGAUCUGCAUUCCAAGUUGUACAUGCUAGUCUUUACAUUUUGUUUUUCCAAUAAAAUAUCAUGAACUAA